GAGGAGGGACUUCCGAGCGCGCCCAACGCGCCUUCUGAGCCCACGGUCACGGACUUCGCUGGGAUCCUCCUGGCGGAGCUGUCGAGCUUCUCAGCUCGAGCCAUCAAGGAUGCGACGCAGAUGGUCAAUCAGAUUGAAGUGUCGAUCGCGCCCUACACCAGCCUGCUGCGGCCCUGGAAAGAGUUUGUCACCAUCGAGCUACCAGAUCUGGACUCCGAUGCCGACUUUCUACAGCGCAUCGUGAGAAACAUCGCCUACUUCCAGGCGAACUACCUGAUGAUAGGAUCUGUGAUGUUUGCCAUCGCAGUCUACCGCCACACAUCCUGGAUGCUGGCGGUGGUGCUAUUAGUAUGCUUCUGGGCUUCUUACAUUGCGCGCGGGGGCUUCGAUCCACAAUGGAAACCUGUUGUCUUUGGCACUGAAAUCACCGCAUCGCAUCGGCUUGCGCUGUUGUACGCUGGUUCCUUAACGCUGAUUUUUGUCGUCUUCGGCCAAGCCUUGUUGGUGCUUCUGGGCAUUCUUGGCACGCUUACAGCAAGCCAUGCUCUGUGUCAUUCCGGGCCGCCCAAGCCAGCUGGCACGCCCCUCGCGCCGGCGCCCGCAGAAGAAGUGAAGCCCAAAGUCAGAGCCAUCGUUUGA